AAAUAAUCAUACGCCUUCGGAAAAAAAAGAGACCAAUUAACCAAUAUUCAAGAGAAGAAACUUUUAUACACAUAAUAUAUGUUAUUAUAUCUAUAUUAGUUCUCACAAACAAUUAUAAUAACAAAGAAAAGAUUGCAAAAGAGUGAGACCAAGCUCGGAGUACAGUCAAUGGCAGAGGAGAUGAAGGUUGAGAUCAUCAAAAGAGAAACCAUAAAACCAUCUUCACCAACUCCUCCUCACCUCAAAAUCCACACACUUUCCCUCUUGGAUCAAUUCCAACCAAAAGUUUACGGCAAAUUAGUUUACUUCUAUCCCCAAAACCAUAUCUCCUCCAACCAAAGAUCAUAUCAGCUUAAGAAAUCGUUAUCGGAAACCUUGGCUCGCUUCUACCCAUUAGCCGGAAGAAUCAGUAACACCACCAUUGAUUGUAACGAUGAAGGAGCUCAAUACAUUGAAGCUCGAUACCAUGGCCUUCUCUCAACUUUUCUAAAGCAACAGCCAGACACACUCCAACAAUUCUCUGCAGCGAAAAUCCAGUCGCCGGAGUCAGACUCAUGGCCACUACUGCUUGUUCAAGCUACUUUCUUCCACUGUGGCGGUUUGGCCCUCAGUAUCUGCUUGUCCCACAAAUCCUGCGACGCAACUAGCAUAGGAAUAUUCAUGAAAAGUUGGGCUGAAAUCUCAAACGGGUCUCGACAAACAGUGUUCCCAGAGUUCAAUGGUACCUCCUACUUCCCUCCGGCGAAAUUUUCCACCCAGAGGCCUGCCUUGGAGUUAAAAAAAGUGGAGUUAGUCACUAAGAGGUUUGUGUUUGAUAAAUCAAAGCUUGUGAAACUCAAAGUCGAAAUAGCCAGCCAUAGCGUCCAGAAACCUACUAGGGUCGAGGUAGUCACUGCUCUAAUAUGGAAAUGUAUCAUGGGUGCGUCGAGAUCGAACGCUAGUGGACCAAAAAGGUUUGUGUUGAAAAAAGCUAUAAACAUACGCAAAAGGGUUGACCCGCCAUUGCCGGAACACUUGGUGGGGAACAUCGUUGGAUCCUUCGCUGCAUGGACGGAGGAACAUGAACAGGAAGCGACCCUGCAGGGUUUGAUAGCUUUGUUAAGAAAAGGAAUAAGAGAAUAUAGUGAAACCAAGGCCAAAAGGCUUCGAGAAGAAGGUGCAUCAGAGAUGAUAUAUAAGGAUUUGAAAGAGGCAUCUGAGUUGUUUAGAAGUGAAGAUACUAAGGUGUUGAUUUUCACGAGUUUGUGUAACUUUGAGUUGUAUGAAGCGGCUGACUUUGGGUGGGGAAAGCCGAUUUGGGUGACUGUUCCGGCUGUCGAAGUUCAUGGAAAUUUGAUCUAUUUGAUGGACACAAAAGACGGAGGAGUUGAGGCUUUAGUUUCUUUGACAAAAGAGGACAUGUCUUUGUUUGAGACUGACCCUCACCUUCUUACAUUUACAAACUCUAAAGUUUGGUUUCAUUCUCGUUGUUAAUUACAAUAAUGUUGCUCUGGACUGUAUAUAUGUUUAUUGUACUAUUACCUUCA